AUGGAGGAACUGUACAAGGACACACAAAAUCUGCCCAUGGAUGUUACCAACUCUCCUUCCACGAUAGCUAACAAUAAGCUAGAAAAUGGGGUCGCUCAGCUGAUAACUGCUGAAGCCUGGAAUAUCAACUCCACAGACUUGAUGAAGAAAGCACUUUCACCACUUGUGACUGUCCCAGCCCCUUCAAUCCUUACCCCACCAGCAGAAUCGCAAAGUGGGGUAGCUCUGAAAGUUGCAGCCACAGUGCUCCAGCCAAUUUGUUUAGGGGAUAGCCCAGUGGUUCUUCCAAUACACCUGCAAGUAGCCGGGAGCACCACCCCGCAGAUUGCGCCUAAUAACAACACUCCAUAUGUUAUGACGACUCAAGGUCCAGUUCCACUACCUGUCCUCUUGGAGCAACAUGUGUUUCAACAUUUAAAUUCUCCAUUGGUGUUACCUCAGGGUGCUCCCUGCUCCACAAAUCCCAUUCACAGCAAUCUUUUCCAGGGUUCUUCUGUCCCGGUUGGACAGCCCCAGUUACUGGAUCAGAAACCAUCCAACCAGACCCAGGAGCCCAUCUUACCCCCAGUGUUUCAGACACCAGGAUUUGCUGCAGUUCUUCAGGAUUUGUUUCCUCCACAGGGCACCUUAGGUUCAUCACCCUGUCAGCCACCCCCAGAUUACUCCUCUGUUCCACCCCAGGCCUUCAGUUCCCCUCUAUCUCCACUAGUACCCCCAGCUACCCUCCUAGUGCCAUAUCCUGUGAUUGUCCCCUUGCCAGUCCCAGUCCCCAUCCCUAUCCCCAUCCCCAUCCCUGUGCCUCACGGCGCUGAAUCCAAGGUCAACCCAGACUACCCCAAGCCACCGUUGUUCACCUUGUAUUCCUGCAAAGGCACCCAGACUCCUCUGGAGAAAGAAGAAUCCAAACCCUUUGAUUUCAUCCACCACAGGGAAUUUUCCCAGCUGAAUCGUCACACAGUCAUCAAGAUGAACAAUGAGAACGAGGCCCUGGAUCUUUCCAUGAAAACGAUGCCCUUGCUAAAGGCAGGUGAGGUCAGUUCUCAGCUCUCCCCUGAAGAUGGUGCUUUAGAUUUGUCGAUUGCUUCCUACAGGAAGACAGGCAGUGCCGGGGUCCAGGCUGAGGCAACUAAUGCAAUUUGCUCUGGAUCUAUGAUGGACAGUGCUGCUCACUCCAUGAUGGAUAAACUCUCCAGUGCAACUGUCCCCUUUGCCCCUCCGAAACCUCACGAAGCCUCAGCCAAGGUCGACAGCAGAAUGACUGGUAGCAAUUCGGCCGAGUUCCUGAGACAGCAGCAGAAGUGGCUGGUGGAUCAGACCAGCAGAGCAGCCUGUGAGCCCAAGGCUGGGAAUAAUAUUGAGAUUGUGAGCACUUCGCAGACUGCCAAAGUAAUAGUCUCUGUCAAAGAUGCUGUGCCCACGAUUUUCUGUGGCAAGAUUAAAGGCCUCUCGGGAGUAUCCACCAAAAACUUCUCCUUCAAAAGGGACAUGCCCCAGGACUCUGUUCUGCAGUGUUACGAUGUGAAGAACCAGCCAGAGCCUAGGGAUAAUGCAGAAGCUCUUAGGAAACCAAUCAAAAACAGGAGUGUAAAGUUAAAGAAAAUGAACUCCCAGGAGAUACACAUUCUUCCAAUCAAAAAGCAACGGCUCGCUGCCUUCUUUCCAAGAAAGUAA